AUGCUACGCCAACAGUUUUACUCGUUACCGCAACCUGACCCGAAGGAGUUCGUCGUGUCAUCUGAUCCUUCCAAUAUAUUCCCUGCUUGGACUCUACGCGAAUAUUACUCGAAUUCUUGCUUUUUGAAGACGGUGGAGGUUACAUUCAUGCAAAUCCGUGUAGCAUAUCCGUUACUACGAAACGAGUUCAUUCUGACACAGGGCCCUCUACCCAGAACGGUGCCCGAAUUCUGGAGGAUGAUUUGGCAGGAGAAAGUGGAAACCAUAAUCAUGCUCUGCAGAACUGUUGAAAAUGGAAAACGGAAGUGUGCCGAAUAUUUUUCGAGCCAUCCCAACAUUCCCCUUUCCUGUGUCAAUGGUAAACUCACUGUAUUUUUGCGGUCUCGCUGUCAAGAAAACGAUUUAUUGGUAUCGACACUUGAACUGAAAUACCUCGCUUACAGCAGAACAAUAAGCCAUUAUCAGUGGAUAGAAUGGCCUGACUGCCAG